AUGUCCACAGUAUCUGCUAGUGCUUUUGGAGGUGCUAAUGGACUUUUGGAAGUUUACGUGAGCAGAGCAAGAGACUUACCGAAUCUUAGAAAGCUUGACAAGCAGAGCCCUUUCGUUCGAUUGAGAAUCUCGCACAUGACAGAGACAUCAGAUGUUGCAUUUCGAGGCGGCCAGACCCCUAAGUUUGACUACUAUGCAAAAUUUGACCUGACUCCAGAUGUUAAGCCUGCUUUGGCGGUUGAGGUAUUCGAUGAUAGAUCACCACCUAAGUUGAUUGGACAGUGCGCUGUUGACUUGACCCCUGCACUUUACAAGGACCCAGAAGAUGGGCACGACGAUUGGUUCCCAUUGUCUUUCGGAAGUGAAGAGGCGGGCGAAAUUUACCUGGAACUUACGUUCCAUCCGCUUAUACCGACCUCAAGGCUGCAAAGACACAGAAAUGAUGGUAUAAGCGCCUUCGAGGAAUCCCUAGCGAGUAGGCCCCCGCCACCCUUGCCUGCUAAGCUGCCGUCUUUUCAACUUGAAAAGCGCCAUGAUGAAGUAACGCACAACAACACGUAUUCUCAUGCCUCCAACCUAAGUCAGACGUUACUUUCCGAACCCGAGAGGAUCUCCUUUGGUCAAAGUGUUUCCUCGAAGAGAAUGCCUAAUCUGGAUGUUUCCGUUGCCUCAAACAGCACUUUUGCAUCGCAGGCCACCAACGAAACACAUGAAAGUCAUGCCACAGUAGCAACUUCAGGAACAACGGAACCGCUGUUUGCAAAGCUGAAGCAACUCAAAGAAAAGUGGAAUUCUAUAAAAAACCCCGGCAAGGAUCAGCAAGACCACGAUAAGAAAGUCGAUCUUGAGGCAUUACAGAAAGUGGUUGGGGUGGAGCCGGAGGAGUUCAAUCAGGAUGAACGAGGUUUUCGAAGAGUUACCGAUGUCUCAACGCAAGCUUCGAAAUUAGUCACGCAGCCUCCUCUUCCUCGCUUGCCUGAUCAAAGCUCUCGAAGAACCAGUAUAGAGAGUAGAGCGCUACCUACGAGUCGACCAAAUUCAUGCAUCAAUGAGACGUCUCCAAAACUCCCACCACUUCCAAGAAGCCCGUCAUCAAGACCAGAUCUUAGAACGAGAACUGCACCUAAUUCGCCAGUCAGGAGAAAGCCUCCACCCAAAUGGUGA